GACAAUGUACAAAACUGUGCUCGCCGUACUUUGCCUGGUCGCUCUCGCUAGCGCCACCGGAUACGGAGGUGGAUAUGGAUAUGGUGGCGGAUAUGGUGGAUACGGCGGAGGUUACGGCGGUGGAUACGGCGGUGGAUACGGUGGUGGAUUCGGCGGUGUCGGCCUGAUUGGACUCGGUCUCGGCGGACGUGGUGGAUACGGAGGAGGCUAUGGCGGAUUCGGAGGCUUCGGUGGACUCGGCGGAGGCUUCGGUGGACUCGGAGGAGGUUGGGGUCUCGGUGGUGGAUGGGGCCAUGGCGGCGGUUACGGUUAUGGAGGAGGCGUCGGCAAAGCUGUUGUCAUCCCUGUUGGAGGUUACGG